AUGGUGUGCGAAUGGAGCAAAGCGCCCCAAAGAAGCCCGUUGUCCAACGGCCAAAGCCAUCCCAUGACAAAUCAACCCUUUUUACCUCUCUCCUCUCCUCUCCUUCAGAUUCCAAUCGCCAUUCCUCCCCAACUAUUCCGUCUAUUUUUUUUUCUCCCCCUCCCUCUCCGCAAGCUUCCGUUUACAGACACACUGCGCGCUCCCAUGAGGUCUCAUCGGCAGCUCGCCGCGGCCGCUCGGCACCUGCGCCGCCGGCCUGCGCUCCCAUCACCAGUACCGCACCGCCUCGCCUCCCGUCCGCUACAAACAUCCGCAGCCGCGCGCUCCGGCGCCGCCUCCAACCCAGCCAUGGCGUUUCCCUGCCUCGACGCCAUGGAGACGCGCUCCGCGCGCCUCGAGAGCGGCAGCAACAGCAACUCGUCCAGCGCUCCGAGCGACGGCCCCCCCGACGAGCCCUCGUACACGUCGGGCGUCACGCAGGUGCACCACGACCGCGACCCGCUGCACCUGGACUGGGGCGGGGUGCUGCCGUCGUUUGACGUGGCGUACGAGACCUGGGGCACGCUCAACGCGGCGCGGUCCAACGCCAUCCUGCUGCACACGGGGCUGUCGGCGUCGUCGCACGCGCGGUCCACGCCCGAGAACCCGUCGCCCGGGUGGUGGGAGCGGUUCAUCGGGCCCGGCGCGCCGCUGGACACGGACCGCUUCUUCGUCGUGUGCACCAACGUGAUUGGCGGGUGCUUCGGGUCGACAGGGCCGGCGAGCGUGGACCCGGGCCACGGCGAGCGGUACGCGACGCACUUCCCCAUCCUGACGCUGCAGGACAUGGUGCGCGCGCAGUUCCGGCUGCUGGACGCGCUGGGCAUCGGCGCGCUGCACGCCAGCGUCGGCGCCAGCAUGGGCGGCAUGCAGUCGCUCGCCGCGGGCGUGCUGUUCCCGGCGCGCGUCGGCCGCAUCGUGUCCAUUAGCGGGUGCGCGCGCUCGCACCCGUACAGCAUCGCCAUGCGCCACACGCAGCGCCAGGUGCUGAUGAUGGACCCGCACUGGCGCCGCGGCUUCUACUACGGCCGCGUGCCGCCGCACGCCGGCAUGAAGCUCGCGCGCGAAAUCGCCACCGUCACGUACCGGUCCGGCCCGGAGUGGGAGCGCCGCUUUGGCCGCCGCCGCGCGGACCCGGACCGCCCGCCCGCGCUGUGCCCGGACUUCUUGGUCGAGACGUACCUGGACCACGCCGGCGAGAAGUGGUGUCUGAGCUACGACCCCAACUCGCUGCUCUACGUCACAAAGGCCAUGGACCUGUUCGAUCUCGGCCUGCGGAACCAGCAGGCCACGCAGCGCCGUCGCGCCGCGUACCGCGCCGACGACGCCGCGAGCACCACCACCACCACCACCAAAGCCUCGUGCAGCUUGACCCUGCCCGAGACGCCGUACGAGGAGCAGCCGGGGUCGCAGGUCGACAUGGACGCCGGAGCCGUCGAGGCCGGCUCGUCGCGCCCGCCCGAGGACCUGGUGCAGGGACUGGCGCCGCUGCGGGACACACCCGCGCUCGUCUUGGGCGUCGCCAGCGACAUCUUGUUCCCGGCGUGGCAGCAGCGCGAGAUCGCCGAGUCGCUGCGCCUCGCCGGCAACCGCAACGUCACCCACGUGGAGCUGAGCGAGGAGAUGAGCCUGUUUGGGCACGACACCUUCUUACUCGAUUUCAAGCACGUUGGCGGCAACUUGAAAAACUUUUUGCGUUGA